GAAGAGGGCUUUAAACUCAGCGGCAUAAAUACUUGCUUCUCUAUCUUCCUGUCUAGUAAUUAAUUAGUAAACAUGCACCGCCAAUCACUCGGAUCACCGGCUUCAAAGCUUCAUAACCAUGGGGUUCUCUUCUCAAUCGCCGGCGCCGGAGUUAUCAAGGACGACAUUAACAAUUGUUUCACCUUAGAGGACCAGCGGAAGGACAAAAUAGCAUCAUGUUCGGCCGGCACAGCCGACGACGAACACAAAUCACAGAAGCCUUAUCAACAGAAAUCAACAUUAGUAUCUUCUUCGAGACUAGUUCAUCUUAUUCCACUCCUCACAUUCUUAUGCUUCCUAGUCCUCUACCUAUCCUCUCACGAUCCUUCCAGGAGAGAUUUAGCUCCAUUCAGUGGAUUCACAACGCUUUCGUCGAGGAAGUCCACCAUAGGAAAUUUCCUUCGAAAGUUAAUUUAGUCAGUUGUUGCUGCUCUGUAAUAACUCGUAGAUUCAACUGAUAUUGAUAAUAUCGGAGGAGGAUCUCUGGAGAUCCAGAAGAACGAUGUUCUGGCAAUUCGAAGCAUGAGGAACUUGCAGCAACAAGAACGCCAUCGUCUCCAUCGGAAAUUCGGACAUUAAAGUCUAACCUACUUCUCCGUCUCUUUCUCCAUCGUUCGGGAGCUUCGCACGUGCGUAAAUGCAGAAAAUCUAUUUGUUUCUACCGCGUGUGUAUGGUUAUCGUAUAGUAUAUACAUGCCAUUCUGUUUUGUGCAUGUGAAUUUGGCAUUUUCUGUAAGCACAAACUUACCGCGUGUGACUCUCCUUGGGAAAAAGAAUUUAUGGAUCGAUUUUUUAUUCCAAAAAAGUUGUCCGUACUCGAAGUGUGAUGAAUGCAAAGUGUUGAGCUAAAAUGCGCAUGUACAUGUGACUGGUUCACAGGCGUACUUUGAGAACCAGGAACGCUCCUUCUGCAGGUUCGCAAGUGUCAAGGUUGUGCUAGAAUGCGCAUUGUUAUUGAGGCGUAACAUAGAAUAGAUGCGCUUUUCCCUCGAGAAAGAGAAAAGGUAAAUAAAUGGAGUACAGCUGGAAAAAUGGAAGUAUAGGACCGUUGCUGUACUCGGGGUUCGCAGUUGAAGUUGUUGACAGCUAGCGGGAGGGGCAUUUUGGUAAUCUGAUGGAUGAUCAUCACUGACGCAAAUGCCAUUUCUUCUUAUUUUAUGGUACAUCUGGACCCUUCUUCUGCUACUGCACAGUGUAUCAGAUCACCAUUUUUCCUUCUCUGUUUCAUGUUUUAUUUGAUUUCCAUUGCUA